AUGGCAACGCACGAUGAUAUUAAUGCAAGCAGCAUCGAGAACGAAGAUGAGGCAUGGGUUAUCGACUCGAUUGAAAAAGCCAUCCCACCACCUUUGUCAUCUGCACGAAUCCCUAGAGUUCCGAAGAUAUUGGUGUGCGAGUCGAGCGAUAUCUACGAGAAAUACUAUGUUCCGAAGGUGGUUUCCAUUGGUCCAUACCAUCACAAUAACCAGAAGCUCGAGUUAGUCGAGAAACUCAAGCCUGUUUUCACGAAGGAGCUCCUCUCGAAGUACAAGGUGGGCCUUAGUACGUUGUACAAAAAGCUUGGGACAGGGAGCAUGGUGCAAGAGUUACGGAAUUUCUAUGAAGAGAGAUCAACAGACCAUCUCUCCAGUAAGGAAUUUACUAUGAUGAUGUUGCUCGAUGGAUGUUUUAUUUUGUAUUAUAUUCUAUUUAUCUACGGAGAGAAACCUGGAAGUUGUAAAGAGUUGAGAAGCCAUCAGAUUGUGUUUAUCCAACAAGACUUGUUCUUGCUGGAAAACCAAAUUCCCUUCAAAGUUAUAAACGAGGUGAUGAAUUUGAUAAACCUGACUGAAAGGCGUGACAAGAUUAGAUCGUUCUUCACUAACAACAUUUUGGUACCAGGGAGGCAGAAAAGAGGGUGGUUCGGUUUCCGAAGCGGUUCAACCCAAAAUGAUCAAUAUUUCGGUUCGAAAUUGGUAGCAGAUCAUCACCAUCUGCUCCAUCGUCUGCAUUCUAGCCUUACACGAACAAGUGAAGACGAUGCCCAAAAGGAUGAAAUAAGCAACAGAUGUACUUUUCGUAAUGUUAAUGAGCUUGCAGAUGUUGGGAUCCAAUUUAAGCCGAGUAGCGUUAUGUCUUUGGCUCAUGUGGAGUUUGUUGGACGGUGGUGGUGGUUUUCAGCAAAUGUAAAACUACCUCCGAUAACCGUGGACGAUUCCACCAAGCCCAUGUUAUUAAACUUAAUAGCCUAUGAAAUGUGCGCAGAAGACGCACAUGAUGCAUGGGUUACCUCCUAUAUAUGCCUCCUUGAUUCUCUCAUCGAUCAUCCUGAGGACGUUAAGGCUCUUCGGAAAGCUGGGGUCCUUGAUAACUCCCUUGGGAGUGACAAAGAAGUUGCGACGAUGUUCAAUGAAAUAGGGACGGAUUUGGUGCCAAACAAUUUAGCCUAUUCGAAAGCCAAGUACGAAAUCCAAAAACAUUACGACAGCUUGAGGAACACAAGGUUUUCCCAACUCAAGCACGAGUACAUCAAGAGCCCGUGGUCAUUUCUAGCGCUUGUAGGAGCUGUGGUGGCUCUAUUUCUUAGUGGUGUUCAAACUUAUUUUACUGUCUGGGGUCCCCCUGGCGAAUGUGACGAUCUUUGCAAGUUUUUGAAGCUGAAUCAUCACUUAUGA